AGGGUGCGCUUCACGAGUGUACGGCUCUUUCACACCGCUUCGUGUGAUGUGUGCUACUUCCACGCUCCCUUCUCUCUUUUUUUUGGGGGGCUACACGCUCUUCCUCUUUCUUUCUUUGUUUCUCUCCGCUGAAUACCGACGCUCCUGCCGAUUCUGUUUUCUCCUCCGCUCUUUCCUCACCGUCGUUCUUCGUUUGCUCUUCCACUUCGCCUCCCACGUUGCAUCCUUUGCGAUGCAUGUGUUCCAUCGUCUGCUGUGUACCCAAAGAAAGCUUUAGAGAUCCACGCAGCGGUUAUUUGCCUUCUUCGCUGGGCUCUGUUUACGUACACAGACGUCCACUCAGCACACGGCGCUCGCACACACACACGACGGAGCAGAAACUCCUUCUGCAUACCAUCCUUUAUACAUCCACACAAGUAAGCACAGUAAACGAAAAUGGAGGGCGGAGGCGACGACGUCUUCGUGAUCAACAACACGGAGGAAGGGCAGACGGAGGAGGUGCCGGUGGCGCACACCGAGGAGACGGCGAAAGAAACGGAGGCGGAGGCGAUGGAGCACGUUAAAGGUCUCGUGCCGCUCUGCGCUCAGCACCUCAACGGCCCGCAGCUGAGCAGUGCCACCUUCGGCUACGACAUCGCUCAAAUGGCGAAGCGGCCGUGGGCGGAGCCCGGUGCGAAGCUGAGCGACUACUUCAACUACGGCUUCAAUGAGCAGAGCUGGCGGGUGUACUGCGCACUGCAGAAGAACGGCGAGGAGUCCCUUUUAGCGAAGGCGGGCGAGAUGCUGCAAAAGCUCGAGGCGACGGGCCGUCCCUCCGGUGGGGUGGGCGUAGGCGGCGGCGGCAGCGGGGAGGAAAUGGGGGCGGCCGGCGCCGACCCGUCCACGAUGAUGAUGAUGAUGGGUCAGCAGCACAACAACGGCGGCAAUAAUAACGCUGGUGCCCCGAUGGACGGCUACGGUGCCAACCCGUACGGCGGCAACUACGGUGGGGAGAUGGCGAUGAUGCACCGCGGCGGCUACAGCGGUGGUGGCCGGCCCUUCCAGCAGCGCGACUACCACGGGGGGUUUGGCGGGGCGAACAACACGAACUACAAGACGCGUCUGUGCAAGCCGUUUGCGGAGGGGCACUGCAACCGCGGGGACUCGUGCAACUACGCACACGGCGUAGCGGAGCUGCGCCAACCCGGGGGCGGCGAUGUGGCCCCUCUUCAGCAGGAUCAGCAGCAGCAGCAGCAGCAGCAGUCGGGCUCCAACUACGGCGGAGCGACGUUCUACCAGGGCGGGGCCGCCCCUCCGGCGCCGGAGCGGACGGCUAAUUAUCUCAUGCCGCCGUUUCAGGCCGGCGCGGCGCUGCCGCCGAUGAUGCAGUCGGCCAUGACGAUGGCGCCGGACAGCGGGGAGGGGGCGAGCGGGUUCCGUCAGCCGCCUAAGCGGCAGCGGCACGAGGGUGGUGGGGUGUACGAACCUCAGUAUUAA